AUGGAGGUCUCUUUCAAAGCCAUGAAGAAAAUAGCAAGACGAAUCAGUCUUUAUUGUUGGGGUUCUGUAGAGGAACUUGACAAAAUUGAUAGGAAGAGAGAAGUUGGUGAGAACAAUGAUGAUGGGGAUAUAACUCUUCUUAACCAUGUUUUAUGGUCAUGUCCAUGGAUGGGUGGUGGUCUUAGCGAGAGUAAUUACAAGGGACUUCUUUGGGGAGCUGAUUGCACUGAGAUUUUCUAA